AUUAAGUACCUUCAAAAAGGAGAGAAUACUGUCACUAAUAUUGGUGAUAUCACUCAUUGGGGUGUUUUUGAGCUUGAUAGUAAGGAAAGAGCGAUUGAGGUUGAUAGGAAUAUAUCCAAAGAAGGUUUGUUUGAAUAA